AUGGCGACUCACCGCCACCAGUCCUCUCUAGAGGGGGUUUUGGACUUUUCAAUACCCUUAGCAUUAACGCUACCACAGCACGAGUCGGCAAGGAACCUGGUGAUAAGGUUUGUACGGCAUUAUGGCCCCGAGAAGACCGUUCGGAAAGGCUAUCGGCCUGCGGCUCUUAUCCAGGCUACUCUCGAGCACGUUACAUCACCGGAUACCUUUAUGACUUUCUUCCUCUCAUACAUCUAUGAGGACCUGUGUUCGGAUGAAGGACAUGCCGUUGAUUCUGAUAUUACUCACGCCUUGGUAUUCUUCGAGGGAUUUUCCUCAUGGGAACCAGAACAAAUAAACAAGCUUCACCAAGGCUUAGAAAAGUUUGCUGAAUAUGUCGUUGAUAAUUUCCUCCUCCCCCCUUCUGGUGAAACCGAUUUGAGCGAUUCAAAGAAAAAUGCUCUUUGGAUCUUGGACAUGUUCGAUCCCGGAAUAAUCUAUCUUCUUGAUGGACCAAAAAUCGACAGUCCCAUGAACGCCCUCACUCUUACGCUGGACUACUACUGGUUAUUCGGCGAAUUUCAGGUCUAUUUCGAACGCACUGGCACACGAUACUAG